AUGUUCUUCAAGCCAACCGAGUACAGAAAAAAAAUAAAGCUAGGGACAAGGUGUAUGAUAGCUAGCGCGAUUAAGACGCUAAAAAAUCUGAAACCCAAGCUGUCUAACGCGGAGAUGAGCUGGUUCACGGAGCAUCCUCAAUUCAGACACAUUUUCCACAUGAAGAUAGAGACUAACCACAGGGUUCAGGGAAUGUGGAUGUUGUUGUUGCGUACUGCUGGUAGCGAGAAGCUGAGAGAAGUGUGGUUCAUUGUGAAUGGGGUUCCAAUCCGUUACGGGCUAAGGGAACAUGGUUUGAUAUCUGGGCUAUUCUGCCAGAACUAUCCUCUCGGCUACAAAGAGCUUGGUGGGAUGAGGUUCGUUGAUCGUCAUUUCAAGGAAGGAGAACCGAGAAGGUUAGAGGAUGUUAAGAAGAAGUUGGUGAACAUGGGACCCCACAAAGACAGACUGAAGAUGGCGGUUCUAUUCUUCUUAGCUUCGGUUGUUUGUGCGCAAACGAAGGUUGGACACAAGGCUAAUGAUGUAUUGGAGGUGUUCCAGAGAGCAAUGGAUGAUCUUGAGUACUGCAAGUCCUUUCCGUUGGGGAGAUUUUCCUAUGAUUACAUGGUGAAGGAGAUCUCUCACACAAUGAAGCAUUUUGGAGGGGUGGUGAAAGAGAAAACAUUAUGGCCGCUACCAGGUUUCUGUGUUCCAUUAGAGCUUCUUGCAUUCGAGGCAAUUCCGAAGCUAGGAAUAGCGUUCAGAGAGCCUGUGGUUGGAGCUGGUCGCGACUGUCCGAGGAUGUGCAAGUCCUACUUUAAACGAAAUGGAAUGACAGGGGUGUCACUUUCUGUGAUAAACAAGGAACUGGGUAACACAACUAUAAGUCUUCCUGUGAACUGUGGUAGAACUAGGGUAGGAAUAAAGUGAAAAUGUGGUAGAAGUAAGGUAGUACUAGAAAGGGAACUAGGGUAGGAAUAAAGUGAAACUGUGGUAGAAGUAAGGUAGUAACUCAUUUUCUUUUUAGACAUUAGAAAUUGCUAAGUUUUAAAUUUAUUUAUGUGUGUGAUAGGUUAUUGACAGCAUCAUCCCCACCAAAACUCCACGAGAAGAUAGCCUUUUGGAUGAGAUUAUGGAAGAUGAAGACGAUGUUGAUCAAUCUGAUAUAGCUGUGGACAGUUGGGAGAAGUGUCUGGAUGCAGGGCAGAAGGUUUUUUUUAAAGACAUGUUCGACGAAGAUGUAGCUGGGCGUGAAAAACAGCCAGAACCGAUUGAAGAAGCAACAGGGGAUGGAGUACAGGUAGGUGAGCAGUCGAUUCAGCUGGGAGAUGUUAUGAAUAUGCUGAAAAAAACAAUGAAAGGAAAAUUGACAAGAAAGUUGACCAGCUGGAUGGGAGAUUGGCCCCGCUUGAGGAGUUUGUCAAGGAAGCACAAAGCAAAGUAGUAGAGGUUGAAGAAGCAGAAUCACAAGGGAAAGACAAAAGAAAGAAAACCCAGAAGUCUGUGGGGGAAAGGCAAAAAACAGAAAACCAAGUGAAGUCAAGUGGAGUUGAGUGAAACAAAGUCUCUGGAUGUUUUAUGUUAAUCGUUUUUGUUUUGUUAAAGACAAACGAAGUCUGAAUGUUUAUCUUGUUUGUGAUGUGGAUUUACAACUUUAACUAUGUUAUGACUAAGUUGUUAUGUCAUAUUAGUGUUGUAAUGUUGUUAUUAGAUUUGUCUCGUUUUAGGUGAAUGAUAAUUCUAUGACAUAUUACCAUUU